UCGGAGGCAGAGGUAACUGAGCCAGCUAAGUCGGCUCCCUGGGCUGGUCACAAAAUUUGCAUGGAGAGAAUGAGGCUCCUCCAGGGCUCCCCCCUCUCUCCCUCCCUUCCCCCUCUAAUCAUCCUGGGGCUGAGGUGUGACUGCAGGUGGAAGAAGCAGUCGUCUGUGUGGGGCCAUCUCACCAUUCCUGGAGGUGAUGCCCCGUGCCUUCCUGGUCAGGAGUCGGCGUUCACAGCCACCCAACUGGGGCCACCUGCCUGAUCAGCUCCGGGGAGAUGCCUAUGUCCCAGGUGGGCCCCUCAUUGGGCCUGGAGGUGAGGGGGGUGAGACACAAAGCAUCACCGUCUGGCUUCUCUCCUCAGACUGCAGCAACCAGCAGGGCCCUCCAGCACACCAGUCUUCUGGCUUCGGAGACUCUUGGGUAGCGCCCAUGCAGGGCAGGCUGGCCUCCACUCCCAGGGGCCCGGGGACACUUGGCUGCCCGCUCUGCCCCAAGGCCUUCCCUCUGCAGCGCAUGCUGACACGACACCUCAAGUGCCACAGCCCUGUGCGCCGCCACGUGUGCCACUGUUGUGGCAAGGGCUUUCACGAUGCCUUCGACCUCAAGCGCCACAUGAGGACUCACACCGGGAUCCGGCCAUUCCGCUGUGGAGCUUGCGGGAAAGCAUUUACACAGCGCUGCUCACUUGAAGCUCAUCUUGCCAAGGUGCAUGGGCAGCCGGCCAGCUACGCUUAUCGUGAGCGCCGUGAGAAGCUGCAUGUGUGUGAGGACUGUGGCUUCACCUGCUCGAGGCCGGACGCCUACGUGCAGCACCGCGCCCUACAUCGCGCUGCUUGAGAAUGUGCAUCC